CCGUGGCAAGCCCCGGAGGCCCGCGGCGAGGCGGCGAAGGGAGCGUGGGGAGUCCCUGCCCGGUCGUGGGUGCAUCGGUGCGGAGGUUUGAUAGCUGCAGUGGAUUGUUGACUGUGAUUUCCUCCAAAUUGCAACACCAAGAACAAUGGCGAACGAAUAUAUUAAAAACUGCUGUAAAUGGUGUUUUUAUGUGGAAAAAGAAAAAAGCAAUUCAGUUUCCAUGGCGCAGGAAUCUGAAGCUGUACCCACAAGCAAGCCAACUAUUGUAGAGCAACCUCCAUUGUCUUCAGUAUCAGUGAAGCGGCAAGUUGGCUGUUCUGAGGAUUAUCUGCUUUCUAAACUGCCGCUGGAUGGGCAGGAGGUACCAUUUGUGGUCCCACCAUUCAAACUGGCUUACGUACAGCCAAAAAGCCUUCCUAGUACCUCACAUGCUGGAGGAAUUCAAGAAUCUGCCAGAGCUUCUUUUGGUGACCGGAAAGCAGAACUGUGCGGUGUGUACCAGUGGCCCCGCUAUGAUGUGUACAACCCAUUCUAUUUGGAACAUCAUGUUUCACCAGACCAGAUUAGGCGCUUCCAAGCCAAAUCAGAUAAUAGGAAAUUAUAUGGAUCAGUUAGUGAUUUAAGAACUAGUGCUUUGCCUGGAUCACUUGAUUUAAGUCAUUCAAUGUUUGAUCUCAGAAGCCCACCUCAUCGAUUCAUGAAGAGAUACGAUUCAGUCUCCAGUGUACCUAGCAGCACCUCCUCCAGAAAGGAUUCACAUGGCAGUAACAGGAGUCUGGAUACCAUUACGUUAUCAGGUGAUGAACGAGACUUUGGAAGACUGAAUGUAAAGUUGUGCUACGUUCCUUCUGUGGAGCAGAUCUGGAUCACAGUUUUACAUUGCAAAGGGCUGAGCUGGCCUUCCGGUUGUGGGGAAAAUCCUCAUAUCUAUGUCAAGGGAAUUCUCAUGCUGCCCAAGCCUGUGCAGUUCAAAUCCUCUGCCAAGGAAGGCUGCAAUGACAUUGAAUUUAUGGAAACUUUUGUAUUUGCUAUUAAGUUGCAAAGUGUUCAAACUGUCAGACUGGUAUUUAAAAUCCAGACACAGACUCCUAGGAAAAGAACAAUUGGAGAGUGCUCUUUGUCACUGCGGGAGCUCAGCUCAGAGGAGUCAAAUCAUUGGCUGGAUAUAUCUCCUCCUUCCAAAGCACCUGUGUGCCGCACAGAACUUCAAAUAGGAACUUGUUUUCAAGCAAUAAACAGGAGGAUUCAGUUACAGAUUCUUGAAGCACAAAAUCUUCCAAUUUCAUCUACGCCGCUGUCGUUAAGUUUCUUUGUGAAAGUUGGAAUGUUUAGUACAGAAGGGCUGAUCUAUAAGAAGAAGACUCGUCUCGUGAAGUCCACUAAUGGUCAAGUGAAGUGGAGAGAAAUGAUGAUUUUUCCAGUUAGCCAAGCUGAACAAGGAAUCAGUUUUCUUAUCAAACUCUACAGCAGAAGCUCAGUGAGAAGAAAGCACUUUCUAGGACAGGUCUGGAUAAGUUCUGACAGCAAUAACAGUGAAGCAGUAGAGCAGUGGGAAGAUACUAUUGCUAAUCCUGAAAAAGUUGUUAUUAAGUGGUACAGCCUUGGUCCGUCUUGAAGACUGGAGAUGAAACUGAGGACUUUUUUUCCACAAAGAUAUUUUAAAAGGCAUAAGAAUAAUAUAAAUAAAAAGAAAAAAAUAUUGUCUACACAAACUGUUCAAAAGGAUUUCACUCUAUCACGCCUCCAUGUUAAUUGGAAAAACUCGAUUUCCUGAAGAGAAAUACUAUUAAGAGGAAGACUUAGGAAAUGGGAAGAGAACUCAUUUGGUUUUAAAAAGUCUACUUCUUUUUCCCCUUUCAGGCUCUUUAAGAGUAUAGAAAUCCAGUACUGAAGAGAGAGAGCGUGAAUCAACAUCAUUUGCACUAGUUACAGACUUCAUCUUCACAUCUGCAGUCACAUCUCUGUCAGACUUCACAGCCCAUUUGGAAUCAGCUUGGUCAGCAGUUUGAACCUAGGUACUUUUGAGCCUCAGGCCACACCUGUAUUGACAGCAUUUGGCCAGAGUAACAUGUGCCUCAGCAGGUGGGAAAGCUGUGGCUGUAGCAGGAGACCUAAAGGGAACUGUAAAAUAAUGCAGCACCCAAAGGCUUUUCUAAUGUCUGCCUCCAGUGAAGAGUUGUUCAGUGCACCGACAUGCCAGUAUCUUGGGUUUCAUCCAUCUCUCUCUAUUCUAAACAGAGGAACUGAAAGAUACAAGUUUCUCUGACUAUUUGUAAUCUUCUUAAGUGGGGCCCUCUAGCCUCACUGUUUUGUGAGUGCUGGAAGGAAUAAGGAGAAUACUGUUAAAAAGGUAUCAGCUUUGCUUAGGAUCAGAGCCAGGCUGUUUUUUUUUUGUUGUCUUUUUUUUUUUUUAAUAAAUUAGUUUAUUCUGCAUAACUCUUACAUGUAAAUGACUUCCUAUCUAAUCAACAUUGUAUUACCAUUUGCUUACUUUACUAAAAGCCAGACUAAUGUUCUUAAGGAGUAAGCAAAUAUUUACUGAUGAAGUAUAUAUUUCUUUCUUCAAGCAAGAAGGGAUUACCAUAUUUUUACUGCAAGUGAUAUUUUUCCUACAAAAUCCUAAGAUUAUUUUUCUACUAGUCCCCAUGUUUUCAGGAGUCUAUUCAGAGUUAUUUUUAAGGAGGGAAAAAUGCUGAUUAUGUAAUAGAUGAUAAGUGCAUCUAAAAGCAAAGACUACUGGAUUGAACAAAAAUAUAUUCCAUUAAAUCCGUCACACAUCUAAUGCUGGCUGUGUGAGAUGCUCAAAUAUGUGUUUGUGUAGACAACGAAUAACUGUAUCUUUUUUAUAACUUGGAACACAUUCAAACAUCUGACAUAGGAACUGGAGUGGCGAGAGCACUCACUGCUUGAAGGCAAAGGAACAGUGGGGGGCAGAGAAAGCACUGAAACAGGAAGACAGUUUGUUUUUAAGCAAAGAGCUCAAAGCUUCUUUAUUUUGGCCUUUCUGACUUCAAAUAAAGGCCAAGAAAAGAAAUGGAAUCUCUUCAAUUUUUUUUUAGUUGUUAAUUAAAGCUUUUAAAAUUUCAGCCAUCCAGAUGGGUUUUUUUGUUUGUUUGUUUUUUAAAUGAUUUUUAAAAUGGCCAAACAAAAGGAUUUUCCCUGGGUUGUACAUAAUCUUCUUUUGGACAUGUUCUUAUAUAUGAACUGAAAUGGUUUUUGCAUGUUAUUUGGAGAACAGACAUUGUUUUUUGCUUUGAUGGAUGCUCCUUGCAAAGCUCCCAGUUGGCCCAGUGGAUCUGGACGUGAGAUCGUAGUAUCAUAGAAUGGCCUGGGUUGAAAAGGACCACAAUGAUCAUCUAGUUUCAACCCCCCUGCUGUGUACAGGGAGAUGUCAGCAUCCAUCCAGCUACAGUACUUGAGAUGAGCCUGGCCUGCUGGGUAAAAUGAAAAAAGGAAUUGGACUAAGCUGAUGUUCUUGGAGUUCUCUACUUGAAUACAGGGAUCCUUCUAUUCAUUGUGGCUGUAUUGCAGUAAACAACAGUGCGAACUAACUGUUUCCUUAUGCAAAAUGCUGUUCUGUUUGAAAGGGAGGACAGGAAAUACUCCAGUGUUUUGGAGACUUCAAUUACCACAAAAGUGGCUCUGCAAUGAUUGCCAACUCAGUGGAUAUUGUGUAAAAUGGACUUUGUUGGCUGUUUUAGGAUGCUGAGCCUUUUGGAGGCAUAACUAGUAAUGUCUCAUUUUUCCUAUGUUAAUAUUUAAUCUGUGUGUUUAUAAUAAAAGUUAUAAACACAAAAUGAUUUUUUUUUUUUAAUUGUGUACACCAGUGUUUACCAGCAUAACAAAUUGAAAUUCAAGUCCUACUUUUUUUUCUCUGAGAAAAUGCUGAGGAUGAAACAAUUUUUGAUGUAGUGUUGUGUGUGGGUGUUGAUAGCUAACACCUCAUGGAUACAUAUGGCUUCUUCUGUAAGGUGUACACAGCUCCUCCUAUAGCACUGUGAACAACGUACUCUGAGGCCUUCUUCAUCCUUUGCCCAUUCAUUCCCAGCUGUUGGGAAUUGCUGUCAUAUUUCAUGAAUUCUUAAUAAUCGGGAAAAGAAGAAUGUUUGUUCCAUUGCUCAUCAGAUCUGAAGUUACUCAACUAGUGUGAAAUUCCAUCUUCUUCUUCAGGAAAAAGUUGUUCUCUUACCUCUCUACAGAUAUGUUUCCAACACUGCUGCUGAAGAUUUAGGAGAAAGUAAAGAUUUAGGAAAGUCUUCCUGAAGAGGAAAAUGAUGCAUCACUUGAAAACAUAAAUUAGCAAAGAUGCUUAUUUAAUCAAGGAUACAUGCAAAAGUAGGAAAAAAACGAUGUCUCAGAGCACUCUUCUAAGAGCGACAGCUCUACGUUGUCCCCUGAAUGCAUGCAUGUUCAGCUUCUCUUUUCAUUAAGGUUAUAUCCAGAUUUACUGAUGUUUCAAAAAAUACUAUUGUGAAAACUGUCACAUAGUUUGUAGGUAUAAAGUACUCAUGGUUUAUAGUUAGAUUUCCUGUUGCUUCUAAUGUGGGACUCACUCAGCUUCUAGAAAAUAGUAGAGGUUCAGAAGCUGCAUGGGUUUUAUUUAAAUCUGCAAGAAAUGAGUGUAGGUUAAUUGGAACACCGGUUAUGAUCUUGUGUUAUAUGUUAUUCCUAGAGAGAGAGAGUGCCUCCUUAGAAACCACCAUUAGACUAAACUUAUUCAGAUUUUUCAGAAUGUGAGUAUAUAAUUGCACUGGUAAAUUAAACAAUUCUGUUUUAAGUUUAUUUGUUUAUGAUUAAGAGCAUUCUGUAUGCAAACAAGACCAACACAUUUAUUUUUCAAGUCUUUAUAUCUCAAUGGCAUGACAUGGCAUUCCUUUUAAGGAAAAGAAUGCAAGAUUCUACCUCAAAAGAUGAGUGGGUGUGACAGUUUGUAAACCACAAUGCCAUAAAACGUUAGUUGGAAGUUAACUGUAUUUGAGUGUCUUUUGUGAUCACAAUGCAGAUAGUGCCAUCCUGCUAAAUCAAUUAGCCCUGGAUUGUCCUUUUGUUGGGAUGACAUUUGUAUAAAACAAAAGGUAAUUUUGUCAUUCGGUUUAACACAUGUGCUGUUUGACUUAAAGACUGUCUGCCCAAUGGAGAUUGCUUUUGAGUUAUGAGUUAUUUUUGCAGCCAAAGCAUAAGGUUGUCUAGAAACUGGGGGCAGGGCUGUUCCAUUUCUUAAUUUCAUCCUGCCAAAAUAUGUAUGACAUGGGAGGGAGGCUGCAUAGUUGUGGAAAGUUUGGCAUAAAUCAUGCUGGACAUGAUAUACCCUCCUUGUUUUUCCAGCUUCUGCUGUAAAAUUACAUCACCAUGUAAAUAGAGCCCUGUACAUGAUCUCAUGCUUGGUGUAUGGAAAAAGCCAUCACUAAAAUCAGCACCAUGUUCCACAAACAUUGUUCCAGCUGAUUUAUAUCCAGCUUAUGCCGAGAGAGAGUCCGUGGUGUCUCAGUCUAAGGCAGAACUCCCAUUGUAUUCAGCAGAAGCAACCAGUCGUCAAGGCUGAUUUGGUUAUUUCAGCAUUGUGAUGGUAUGAUUUAUCUUCCAAAAGGUCACAGACAGCUUAAUUUUUUUUAACAUUUUAAAAAUAGCUAAAAAUCUGUCCAUGAUGUUUCUCUAGAAAUUUAGCAUCAUUGAAAAUGGAUUUGUCUCUCUUACAUGUUAUGCCAUUCUUUCCAUAGAUUUCAGUGGCUUUCAAACAAAUCCUCUAUACUGAUUAUUCUGCUAUUGGUCUAACUGUGCCACUUCUUUCCUCCUUUUAUUUGCCUGUGGAAUGCUCUUCUUGCCCUCUAUGCAUAAAUAGUUCUUCAAAUGUUGUCUGCUUCUGCAGCUAACAUUCUGUUUAUCCAGUACUAUUUCUCUCUUUAGCUGAUACUGGGACCAACAGCACUUCUUCCCUUCCUUUGAAGUUUAAAGAACUUGCUAAAGUCAUAAGGCUUUCAAUCCAAAGACUUGGAUCAUGUCUGCUGCUCAGCAUUCCUGAGCUACAUCUGGCUGCAACUUGGAUGGUAUGAUUCUUUUGAAGCUCCCUGAGUUCUAUGCUGUCUACUGCCACUGAAUACAGCAAUGGAUUAAAUCAGCUGUAACCUCUUGUGUCUGUGCUAGAAUUUUUCUUCCUCAAAAAUUUACCUUAGGAAAUCAUUUUGAAUGGCAAGAAGAGGAGGAGCAAGCUGACUUUAGAUGGCAAUCAGGUUGGUCGACUGCCUCUAUCUUUGAUGUUACACAAGGAGGAAGUGUGAUGAGAUCUGUAGCUCCAGCUGGAGAGAGGCCUGUGUCUCCUCCUGUGUGUAUGACCUGGGAAACACCUGUUAGCCUGGGGACUGAAAUGCCAAAUGCCAAUGGGAGGUGCAGUCAUACUGUACUUUUUACCUUUCCCUUGAGAAACUCUCUAGAGUUAUGGAGCAGCUCACUAGGGAAAUUUUCUAUAGCAGGAAUUCCUAUUGUUGACACGUUUCUAUGAAGCAGAACAUUAAGAUAGCUUAGGAGCCGUUGAAAAAUAAGAGUUACAGGAAUAUUAGUUCUAAAUCUAGCCAACCUUUGUCACUUGUCAUAGAAAAGAAAGUACUCUUUGUUUGUGAUAGAGAGCAAAAGAAGAAAAUGGCACAUUACACCCAAAAAAGGGCUGGGUCUCCCCUGCAUUAGCACCUAUUAGUCUUUCAAAUAUUUUUUGUGCUUAUCUGUUGCUUUUAGUGAAGCAAGGACAGAUUGGCUGAGUGAUUGUUAAAGGGAGGUAGUGAAGGAGGUGGAAUAAAAGCAGUUUUGUUUUGAAAAACAGUGUAAUGUGCCUGUAACUAUUGACAAAGCUUUCAUUUGACGUGACUUACAUAGCUGAUUACGCAUGUAGAUAUUUGCUUAUGUUCUAUCAGAACUUCCCUGGUAUGAGACUGAAUUCAUCUUUUAUGUAAUUAAAUAAUGCUUCAUUCUGAUGAGCUCAUUGACCUUUGAGCUCUCAACCUAAUUAAGCCUGAUUGCCUAUGGAUAGUUUCUCAUGGCUGAUUGACUUCAGCAUCAAAUAGGGGUAGAACAUAUUGAAUCUUUUUCCUGCACUUCAGGAACUAACGAUGUGUCUCUCCCAGACAUAUUCUCUGAUUUCUAAUGAAAAAUGAGCUGGGAAACUGAGAGGUGACACUCACUUCUCUACCUGAAUGUUGGGUGGUUGUUUUUGUUUAUUUGCUUGAAACUUUUGGAAAAAGAGGUGACAUCUCUACUAUCAGUCAAAUUUGAUUGAGAUAAUAAUGUGCUGAAAAAUUAUUCUAAGCCUUGGAAAGAAUGAGCAAAAACAAGCUGUGGUGCUUCAGGAUCCUGGGGCUCAGCUAUCUCAGAUCAGGAAGUUUUUUGCACCAUUAUCACUGCUGAUCACAAUUCCACCAGUAUGUGGUUCUCAGGGCAGCUUAAGCAGUUUCUCUGAAGAUGCUUUUUUUUCUUUGAAGUAUUUUGGAGCAGUAUGCUCUCAAGCUGGUCACUUGCUACAUUCUCACAGCAGUGCUGUUUUAAUGAUCUCCUGGCUGUAGAGAAUUUUUAUUUACCUUGAAAUCAUCAUUUAAUAAAAGCAGAAGCAGAAAUUAAGUUUAUUAUGAAGAAAUGCUCUUAAAGCUUCAUUUUUAGGUAAUAAAACAAGCAGUAGCAGCAGACAUCAGAUUCUCCUCUGUUCAUCAGCAUGCAUAUAUAAUUAGGAAUCCAUUACAGUUCUUAGGCCCCGAUAAUGCCUUUUUUUAACACCCUAGCCUUCCCACGUUUAGCACAGUGCUACAGCUGGAAAUCUGUAUGUUCCACCAGCAGAGCUCUGACUCCCAUGGUGAUGAGCCCUGGAAGGAGGGGCUGGGAUUUUCAACCAGGUACUUUGACAUGCUUUUCGAGCACAUGUCAUAUUGAGAAUUUAAGCUUGUGGAUCUAGAUUUACUGCACGAAGUGGGUGAUUAGAUGGUGUCAGUUCCUCCUGAAACUCAAGUUACUUGAAUAUCAAAAGUUUAGGGUUUUUUGUUUAGAAUUGUUUUGUUUUGUUUGUUUGUUUGUUUUAAGAGCAGGACAAGUAAGCCCUGGAAUUCUGGAUGAAGCUGAUGAUCAAAUCUGAGUUUGUCUCUAACACAAGUGGCUUUCAACACCAAGCUGGUAUAUCUGUGUGGAAAGGAGUGCCCAUGAAAUCAGAAUGCCCAUGAAGUCGAAGUGAGGAAUUUCAAAAGCCAGGAAGUAGAGCCUUGGUGAUGUUAGGGCACUUCACCGAAGCUCCUGUGCUAAGGUGAAGCAGAUCUGGGAACAGAAGAGGUUCUCUGAGGCUCCAGUUCUUUGCUAUGACUUGUGAGACUUGGCUGUCUCUCCAUGCUAAGCAUUUUGUACACCAAAUGCAACCCUGCUGACUACCAUUCUUCACUGUGGACAAAUUGUAUUGUGUGUAUAAAUUAUAGCUUUGUGUGUUGGAUUCAAAGGUAUAUCACAAUGGGAUUUCUGGAAGUCUGCAUGUAACGCCAAAAUUCACAGAGGACCAAAUGUGACAUCAGUGUGGAUUCCAUAUUCUCUAUCGAGCAAUAUUGUUUCUUGCCUCGAGGAUGAAAAAAUAUAUAUAUGUAAAUACUCUUUUUCCAAAAGACAGCAGGUACUGCUAUUCUUGUCCAGCUGAGGGGUAUUUAUGGCAUUCACUUGUUCUCAGCUACUUUAUUUCAUCAGCACUUCUUUCCCUUUCCCUGCCUGCACCUCUUUUAGUUGCCUAAGAGACAAAUCGUAGUCAAACACAUCCAGCUGUUUUACUUCCUUUCAUCAGCCACUGGAAGAUCAUCAGAAUGACAACUUUCUCCUGUGUUUUAGAAACAUUUGUCAAAACUGUUUGCAAAUGUCCAUCCAUAUAAAGAGAUCAAAGCAUUAGCUUGGUCCCCGAAAGCAAUGAGAGUAACAGCCAUGGCAACUGUAGCUGGAAUUUUGGCAGAGCAAGCUAUGAGUCUAAGGUCCUGGCGCAGGUCCUAAGCUGCUGCGAUACAGACGGGGCUGUGUGUUGGUAGAACUGUGCCAGCUCACCUCUGUCUGAACACACAAGCCUCAGAAACUACAGUCUUCCACUCCAAAGUAAGAAGAUUGUGACUGUUGCUGUUCACCCCUUGGAAAACUUCAGUAGGCUGCACCAGGGUCUCAGAAACAAGUGUUUAUGGCUGGAAAUACACUUUCAGCAGCUCAUAUGAAAAUGGGAAAACGUGAAAUGGACUGAUGCAGAGAUAUUCUGCAUAGUCUUUCACAUUCCUGCAGAUCCAUGAGGAGCUUUCUCCAUUUUAAUUCUUCCUCUUGAAAAUAUGUCUUCAUGAUCAGCUAACAAGUCAUAUCAGUUAGCAUCUGUCUUGCUAGAUAGCAUUUCUCCACGUGACAGUGAAGAGUGAGGUAGAGGUAAAGAAUAUUCACUAUCACUGUUCUUUGUCAACACUCCACCGCUUUCCACAGCAAGUAGGAAGCUACCUCUACUCUAACAGGAAAAGUUAAGGAACUGAAUUGCUUAUACAACCUCAUCUGCAUUACUAAAUGCCUCCAGACAUAUAAAAUGGCAAUUAUUUUUUCAGACAUUUGUUUUUUCUUCAUUUGAGCUCCUGCAUUUCUGACUUAUUUCUGACUUUGGGCAAUGCCUAUAUGUACUAGAUAAGGGCAAAUAGAUUGCCCAUAUUUACUUUGAAUGACAUUGAAUUUUCUUCGUGCAAUAUUUGUUCAAUAACUAUUUAACUGUAGAGAAUGUUUAAUAACAUUUUUGUUAUUAAUCAAAUUUGAUCUAAAAUCUAAAUUUUUGAUUCAAUUCAAUAUUUCAGUGCCUGUUUAUCUAUAGUAUGGCAAAUGAAAAUUAUAUGGGUUAUCAGAAUCAAAGGUGAAAAACAUUUAUAGGAAGGGUAGGGCCUAAAACAUGCAGAACUGAUUACCAAGUUGUAGUUCUAACAAGUUCAAAUACAACCCUUCUAUAUCCCUGAAAGUACUGCUUGAAGUUGUUCAACAAUCUUUGCAUAACAAUGCAAUGCUUUAUAUCCAAGGGUGUCUUCUCUCACCUAUUAAUUUAAACAGUGGGAAAAACAAGAAUGAAACUAGCCAUACAAGUGGGAUAGCUCCUCAACUGCGGGCUCCUUGGGACAGGCUGAGACAAAGCAGUGAAGCACCAGAUGGUGAAUAGCUGCUACACAUGUUGCAUGAAUUUUGUGCCAAAUCAUAGAACUUUGCUGGCUAGGUCCUGCAUGUUGCAGGACAUGGGACUUGAUCAUAAUAUAUAAUAUUUAAUGGUAUGCUUACAGAUAAUCUGAUAAACUGCU